UCCACUAUCUUCGAUUCUCCUCCGUCCUCUUAUCCAUAGAAUUAAACAAAAAUACUUUCUUAAUAUUAUCUUCAAAAGCUUACUUGGAUAUUUAACCAAAUUGAUUCUUCAAAACUAUAAUCUAUUAAAACUGUGGAAAUUUUGUUUAUAGACUUAUCCCUAUGCUAAAAUAAAUCUACCAAACUCUAUACUCUAGACUAGACUAGAGAGAAUUUGCUGUUUUGUUUGCUCAGAAGAACGGUUGAAGAAGGAAAAUUAGGAAAUUCCGAAUUUAUCCUCCAGAAAAAUGGCUAAUUACUCCAAGGCUCACAUUUGCCAGUGCUUGAGCCGGCUGUCGACGGUUCGCCGGAGCUCAACGGUUAUGAUAAUGGGAGAGAGGAGGAAGACGGGUAUAGAAUUUGUUGAGGGAGUUUUGGGCCUGGCUCAUGGGCUAAUUCAAUUGGGCCUGAAGCCCGGUGAUGUCGUCGCCAUUUCCGCUCUUAACAGUGAUCUGUAUUUAGAGUGGUUACUGGCAGUUGCAUAUGUAGGAGGGAUUACUGCACCUUUCAAUUACCGUUGGAGCCUGGAAGAAGCAAGAGCAGCUCUUCAGGUAGCAAAGCCAACAAUAUUGGUCCACGAUGCAACCGGUAAUUUCUGGAAGUUCGAGUCUUAUGCUGAUUCUGUGCCUUCUCUAAGGUGGCAAGUCCUAAUGAAUACUCCUUGUGAAGGUCAUAGCACUAAUAUUCGAUUAACUACUGAACAGCUGAAAAGAAGUUGCAAAAGGAGUUUAACAGCAGACUACCUGUGGGCACCUAAGGAAGCAGCUAUAAUAUGCUUUACUUCAGGGACCACAGGGAGGCCAAAGGGAGUUACCUUAAGCCACUCAGCUUUGGUGGUGCAAUCCCUUGCAAAAAUUGCAAUUGUUGGUUACGGUGAGGAUGAUGUCUAUUUACACACUGCACCACUGUGCCAUAUUGGUGGUAUAUCAUCAGCCCUGGCCUUGCUAAUGGCAGGAGGUUGUCAUAUUUUACUACCAAAGUUUGAAGCUAAAUUGGCUGUUGAAUCCAUAGACCAGCAUAGUGUUACUUCUCUCAUUACAGUUCCAGCUAUGAUGACUGAUCUGAUAUCUUUUUAUAGGACGAAGCACAUAUCUGUAGGGUCCAAAUCUGUGAAGAAGGUUCUUAAUGGAGCUGGGGGUCUUUCAUCUGGUCUUAUCAAAAAUGCAAUUGAGAUAUUCCCGAGGGCAAAACUUCUUUCAGCUUACGGAAUGACCGAGGCGUGUUCUUCUCUGACUUUCAUGACUCUUUAUGACCCCGCGAGAGAGAGUUGUAUCCAGCAUUCUUAUGCCAACAGCUCCAAUUUGGCACAUAAACCAGAUGGUAUCUGUGUUGGAAAGCCUGCUCCACAUAUUGAAAUAAGGAUUGCUGGGGAUGAUUUGUCUUGUAUAGGGAGGAUUUUGACACGAGGUCCCCAUUUAAUGCUUGGAUACUGGGGUCAAAUGCCAAGCAAUAAUUCUUCUCCAACUGAUGAAUGUUGGCUUGACACUGGUGAUAUAGGGCAUAUAGAUGAUUGUGGAAAUAUCUGGCUCGUUGGGCGCUUGAAGGGCCGAAUAAAGAGUGGGGGAGAAAAUGUUUAUCCUGAAGAGGUGGAAGCUGUCUUAUUGCAACAUCCAGGGAUUUCUGCUAGUGUUGUUAUUGGGCUUCCUGACUCUCGCUUGACCGAGAUGGUCGUUGCCUGUAUUAGGCUGAAAGACAAUUGGCAGUGGACUGAUUCAAGCUCUAAUCAUCCGGUUAACAAGAACGAGCAUUGUUUGUCCAGCUCUGUCCUCCAGAACUUCUGUAGAGCAAAAGAUUUGACAGCGUUCAAAAUACCCAAGAAGUUUGUGGUAUGGAAAAAUCAAUUUCCAAUGACAACAACUGGGAAAUUAAGAAGAGAUCAAGUGAGAGCAGAACUUAUGUCUUAUAGGCAGUUAUCGCCCAGCAGACUAUGACUCCACCAUAUUCUUCUCUUGUGUUUUUUUGAACGGCUAAUUACAUGGUAAGAGAAUACAAUAGAAUGAAACAAAUACUGAGAGUUUUAUGACAUGGUGCUUGGAAAAUAUGCAGCUGUUCCUCACAGCAUUUAGUCAUUUUGUUCCGUAUCUCAGAUUAUUUAAUGUAUUUGUUAUUUUCCCAUUAAGUUGUAACCUACAAUAUACUGUUUUUUUGUUUCAUUACUCAUAUACUCAUACAGAUUCUUCUUUGUUCACUAUGUAACAUCAAAUGGAAUAACAUCCUGAUUCAUCGAAACUGAAUGAUCAUGAAGUUGAAUAUUGUAGUGCACCUAUUUCCCAAUUUUUGUUAUUUCUUGCUUAUUAGGCAUUGCUAAUCAACACAGAAGCUCAUCGUUGUUGCAGGAAGUCAAAUGAAAUAACUGAACCAUUAAGGAUUCUGUGUUGAGAACCAUACAUUUGAUUAGUAGUUACUUUUGAAAUAUCAUGCCUAGUAGGUUUCAUCAUUUUAGCAUAUAGAACACUACUUUAGUAGGACGGAAACUGCUCUGACAAUAUAGUAAUUGCCAGUAGCUUUUACAAAUUAUUAUUCAUGGGUUAUGUGUACAUGAAAAGAGAACUUGUGAUGAUGUGUGUAAACAUCUGAUUAUAUCUAUUAGAUUUUUGCCAAGUCUGCUCUCACCUCAAGCCAUGAUAACAUAGUAUUGAAAACAAGUUCCACACUUUCAUUUGGUUCACCUAUCAGUUGAUGCCACAUUCCCGGGUAAAUAUUUAUAGCCUUAUCCUUACUUCCUGCCGAUUUAUACACAAGUUUAGCAGCUUCAGGAUCACAUACCUUAUCUUCCCCACCUUGAAGAAUCAGCAAAGGGACUUGUAGUUCAUGAGAGUUCUUCUGUAUAUACUCACAGACUUUCAGAAGCUCUAGUGCAGUGGCAGCUGGUGGCUUCUCGGAAGCCACGCGAUUUGGACUGUUUGAGAUAAUCUUUCUCUUCCAGCCCUCCUUGUAUGAUAUAGAUGCAGGUGGUUUGGUGAUCACAAUCCUCCAAGAUGGUGCUAUGAAGGCGGCCAACGGUAGUAGCUUCUCCAGUGGCCAAACAGGUCUGUAUUUCUUUGACACUCCAAACAUUGGUCCACUUAACAUCAGACCAUUCCAUACAUUCUUUUGCCUUAGACAUAUGAGUGUAGAAAUUGCACCACCUAAUGACUCACCAUACAGGAAAGCAGGGAGCUUCGGGUGAUCAGCACGAGCAGAGUCAAAGUACUGUAUACAGUCCUGGACUAAAGGUUGAAUACACGGUAUGUAACCAGGUGAGCCUUCUGAGUAACCGUGACCUUGUAGGUCAAGAGAACAAACGAAAAACCCAGCUUUCACCAUAGCUACUGCAUUUAGCUCAAAAAGCCAACUGCUUUCGGACGUAUAACCAUGAAUCAUGCCUACAAGGCCUCUUAACUGAUUACUUGAUUCAGGCUGCCAAGAUUGUGUGAAUAUCUUCAUGUUUUGUUUGUUUGACAUGAAACUUUGUUUGUGCAUGAUUUUAUGUUGCUUGUAAAACUCUUCUCUUGUCAAGUUACCAUAAGGGCUGUUCUCAUUAGAUUGGAAAAUUGGGUGAGA